GUGCGAAACUUCAUCCUUACUGGUGAAGUGAUAACACUCAUAUAUAAAAAAAAACACGAAUUAAAUCUGCCUAUCGUAAUCAAUUAUUGGAUAAAGGCCGUUAUCGAGCCAGUACUAGAGGUCGACAGGCAUACGAAACGUGUCGAACGCUUUGCAAAAGUCAACAAUGUGACUGCCGCAAGGACCUAUUUUGGGAAGUUAGAAUUUAUGUGAUAUUCAAUCAAAAUCUCGUCCACUGCAACGGCUAUUCAUCACCGGUUUUAGUGUAGUAUGUAAAAAAAAAACGCAUUGAAUAUUAGUUAAAAGGUGAAUAUUUCGAUCAUACCCUUUGCUGAAGAGCCUAGAGCAAAUAAUAAUGUUGAAAUAAUACAAGUACAGUGAAGUGUCAGUGUGAAAAAUGUCCAAAGAACCUCAAGGAAGCCUUCGGGAAGUGAAGAUAGAUGUGGUGAAAACUAGAAGACACACCCACGGGCCUCUGGAACUGGCUGUGGAUAAAAGAAAUCUGGCGAAGGUUUCCACCAGGAGUAACGACUAUGUAUAUGUCAAUGCAGCGUACGUCGGGAGUACCAACAGUGUUAACCAAGCAAGAUAUGUAGCAGCUGAACCACCUACAAGCGUGAUCAGGGAGCAAUAUUGGGCGUGUUCGAAAUGGCCAUCUGCUCAAAGGAUCCUGGCCAUCGCCGUGGGCGUGCUCAUGGGCGCAGUGAUCGGUCUGGUCGUGGUCGUCGUCGCCCGUGGUCGGGAUGAUUUUAAUUUGGACAACCUGUUCCGUACUGAACCUGCGCCGGAUUAAGACAAGUUAAUAGUUUUGAUAUUGAAUUCUAUUUUGUUUACGGACAAAUGGACGUUCAUGACAAUUUUAUAUAAUUAUUAGAUGUUAAUGAAUAUGAUAGGCUUGUAAAAUUUGUAUUCGAAUUCAUGUUUCGACCGUAGAUGAUUAUCACGUGCUCAGCGGUGAAGGAAAACAUCGCGAGGAAACCCACAUUCCCGAGAAAUGCAUUCGGAGGUAUGUGACCUAUACAUGUAUUAGGCUGGUUUUCCCUACGCGGGUUAGAAGGUCAGACAGGCAGUCGCUUCGGUAAAAAACCGGACCUGUCAAAUCUUCAGGUUAGGUAAGCGGACCUUGUGAAUAACGGGAUAAUGCUAGGGAGAUGAUUAUGAAGAUGAAUAUCUUAGGCUUGUGUCUAUUUUAUGUCUUAGCAUAGUGUGUAUAAAGUCGGAUUUUUUGACGUAACUUGUUGUACAUUUGCCGUAUAUGGCAUUAACUGCUAAAUUGAAGACAACAGAAAGUAGAAGAAUUAACGGGUACCUAAUUAAUUCAUAAAUAAUCAUUUAUUCGCAAUAAAAAUGAAAUAAUAAUAAAAAAAAUAUAAUAAAUUAAUUAAUUCUAAUUAUAUUUAUGUAAUAUUGAUUUAAUAUAUAUUUUUUAUUAAUUAAUAAAUAAUUUGGUCAUUUCCCACACAGAAAAUAUCAUUAACAACAUUUUUGGACCAAAUUACCCCUUCAUUCUUCGUUCGGAAUAAACUGGCUCAAUUUCAUGAAAUGCAGUUGAGUAGACUACAAAAAAUAUUAAAAGUGUAAACUCGCCCGCAGGCCAGCUGGCCAACCCGUUACAGCGACGACGCAGCGGAGCGACAACGCAAAGUGGCUUUUGUACAACACACUGACUUUGCAACUUUAGAUUUAACAACCUGGAGAAUGAUCCAUUAAUAACAGUGACAUAUUGUAUUGUACAUAUAUCUACUAUGAUACUAAGAUAAGAUAAAUGAUAUUGAUUCGCCGAAAUGCUGGGCAUCCGUUGUGUUUACGAGUAUUAUAAGUAGUCGGAUUUGAUAAGCAUUUUAUGACGCUUUGUGAUGUUAUGGAAAGUAUUGCGAUUAAAUAGAAAACAUAAUUAAAUUAUUAAUAAUUUUAAUUAUUUCUCAUAUCACCAUUUAAACGCGGUAAGAACCCGUUAUUAUGUACUUUAAUUAUAAUUAUUUUUUAUUUAAUUGUUUUGAUAUACCUAACACAGAUUGAUAACAAUGAAUAUGAGUAAAAGGGUCGUUCUUCUUUUUUAUCGACAAUAAAAAGACAUUUUCUCGAUUUAUCGGAU